GCGAGUAUACAAUCCUCCUUUCUGCAAAACAGCUUUAAAAGUAAUCGAGAACGCGUUUUGGUGUGAAUACGUUCUGUAUGGUGGAGCAAGAAACUGCCUAUUAAGCAGAUCGAGUCACGGCAGCUGUAUCGACAAACGUUUGUACUAUCAGAAAACUGCUUACAGAAUGAAGAAAUCAAUUAUGAUAAUUUUUCAAGUUGUGAUUAUUUUGACUGCCUUUAGUUCUUUUAUAGCAGCACAAUCCACGUCUCUAAGCCCAACGUCAACAUUUCAACAUACAUUUGCUGUUUCAAAUCAGACAGCUAUGCCCAAUGCUUCAAUAAUGACAACACAUCAACAUCAAAUGACGUCCGUUCAGCCUUCAUCAACAGAAAUCAGUAGUCCAAACAGCAUAUCAACCACUGCUUCACCCAGCUCCACAGCAAAAGUCGAUGACGACGACAAAAUAGAAGAGGAUGAGGAUAAAAAGAAAAAGACAGCGAUAAUAGCAGCCAGCUGUGGGGGCGCAGCAGUGUUGUUUAUUGGUUUAGCCCUUGUAAUAUGGAAUCACAGAAAAGAGGGCGACACAACAAAAUAAAGGACAAUAGCAGCUUGGGAUGUUCUGAUUAGCGAUUAGCAAUAUAGAAGAGUAGUUUUCCUCAUCAAUAGUUGAACUUAAAGCUCAGCAAAAUAGUUGCCUGAGGCAAAACAAAUCUCCCGUCAAAACGCAAUAUUCCAAACACGAACUGGGUGCUUUCCGGAAAAUCUUGAUAGCAGUGGUUUUAAUGCUCGAUUUUUUUUUUUUUUGUGAAUAACGUAGUUUAGGCUAAUACCAGUUCCCACAUGAAAAGGAAGAAAAACAUCUUUUUUUUGUAGCAUUCGAAAACUGUGAUGUUACA